CCACUGUUGACUCCCCUACUAUCGUUAUGUCAUGCCCUCGCACCAAACAGCUCACAUAACAUUCGACGACUGCCCAUCUCCUCCCCUUGGCAGGUUUGGUUCUGACCUGUUGUUUGGUGGCGUGAUGGUAUUCUCAAUCCUCAUCGUGAUACGGAUACUGUUCGGUUUCUGUGCCUAUUCAUAUCAUAUGCCAUCUAUGUAUAUCUUGUCCAGUCGUGGUGUUGGUUGAUUCCCCCCCAGAAUAGACAGACCCGUCUUUCUAUUUUCCCUUUUGGCAUCCCCCUACGUAGACAACUGUAAUCGUCCCCUCCGCCGAAACAUGACACCGACCACGUCAACCGCAGAGACACCGGCCCUCCUUCUUCAACGAGCCUCCUCCUACAGCCGCACGUCUCAAAACAACAUCAGGCCAUUGUUUGAGCCUCUCCAAUGCACAUGCAGCCCUGACGUCCCCACACGUUCCCGUCGACCAGGUCCCGGCGAAGCUUGACAGCGGAUGCGACAAACAACGUCGUACGAUGCUCCUGAGGUAUCAGCCCACAAAGUUUCUCGCAGGCCUGGCUCGCACGCCUCUUCAUGCCUGAGGCUGGCCAAGCAUCGCGGCAGCAUCAUCUGCAGUAAACGUUGUCGUAUGAUGCCGUUUGAACAGUUUGAUGCACCUGUCCGAGUGUUGGCACUCGAGUCCCACGGGAAGCGAUCGUCGUCGUCGUCACGACCGAACAUGUACAUCAUCUACACAGUAUAGUAUAGGCAGGGGUGCUUCUUCGGGACUGAGCAGCGCCGUACAGGUACACGCGCUUGAUCGCUCACCCUGAGGCACAUUCUCGAACCGGGACUCAGGCAUCCGGAUGACGGCAUUGGACGCAAUCUCCAUCGUUCUUCUCCACUCUCCAAAGAAUGAUUCCGGAAUCACGUCGAGCAUUUCACUUUGUUGAACUGGAAUGGGGUUUCUGCUUCUUCAUGUUCAUCGCGGAUGGUUUGAUGGUCCAUCAUGUUCCCAAUUCCAGUAUUCUAUUUACGAGCACACAUGUUCCACCACACCGUGUCCACCACCGUGGCUGGUUUCCAAAAAGUUCUAAAUGUACAUACCUAGGUAUGUAGCCAGGGCCACUGCGCCGCCAUGUGACGGGACGACGGAUCUGAGAUGGACAGAUGGAUCUGAGGCUAUCCGCAAGCUGCUAGACAGAGGACAGCCAUGGCCACGUGAAGAUGCAAGUCGCGGCCACGUCAAGCGGUGAUAGGCGGGCGACGACAGGGCGAAGCGCCGGGAUCACGGUUAGCUAAGCUGGCUGGGCGGGGGUCGUAUGGCACACGUCGUGCAUCACGGCCUGGCUCCCUGCGGCGGGGUGUGCCCAAUCAGCGCCCCGCCAGCCCCCGUCGAUGCCCCAAAACGGGCGGCGGGGCGCAGGCAGCGGCGGCUACAGGAGAGCGUAUCCCUGCCGCGACCCUGCCCGCCUCUGGCACGCCCGCCCGCAACGCAUAAUGCUCUUCUACAUUUACGGCUGUUCGCUCCAUCGUCGUGACACACCUAACCGUCUCUCUCUCUACUUCUACCGCCAACACCACCCAACCGACAUCAUGGGCAAGUUAAUCAAGAACCACUGGGCGCGCCUCAUCAUCCUCACUUCCGCUGCCUACCAAAUAUGCGCCGCUGUCGAAGGCUUCUUCUGGCCCAAGAUCUUCUGGGACUUCCUCACCAAAAACCUCGAUGGCGCCGUCAAACCCGUACCCGCUCUGCAAAUCAUCAACAUCAUCAUGGGCAUCAUCGGUCUCGCUUGGGAAUGGCCACUGGGCGCCAUCGCUGGCACUGGUCUCCACCGCUCCAUUGAAGCUCGCUUGAUCGUCUACCCCCUCAGUGCUCUCGUCGCUCUCUUGAUCUACCAAGGAACCAACGCCGGCCUGUAUUACAUUGUGGGAAUGGGUGCUUAUUUCUGGGCCUAUAGCGAAGGCGAGGUUGUCUGCCCCGAACCUUGGACUCUGCCCAAGCGUGGUUCCACCCGUCGCGGCGUAUAGAUUCGUGUUUUGUGAAUUCCGCCUUAUACUUUUUUUUUUGCAGAAUACCAAAAUUCCCUUUUUCUUGUACCGUAGAGAGAGAAAGUUCAAUUAUGAUUUUCGCCGCCGGCUUGUCACAUCUUCAGCUCCGCUUUCCUUGAUCUCCCCUUGCACUAAUCCUACCUCUGCGACGGAUCAUUUACGACACCCGCCUUCCAUCCAUUUCUCGCAAAACAACCGGUACUCCAAUCGGAAAUCGUUCUUCUCUCUUUCUCUCUCUCCCGGACAGCCAAACACGGAAAAAUGUGGAAACGGUUCACGCAAAGUUCGCAUCACAGCGUUGUUGGACGGGGAGAAUGGGCGGAUGAGCCGUCUCUCACCCGUUCACAAUCCUCUCCUCCAAACAACCACUACCUCUCUAUUUCUCCUCCCCAAUCAAGACGGUCUUGGUAUCUCGACGAAAACGCUUCCCUCCAC